AUGAGCGAGCUGGAGAAGAUGGGUCUUGCGGUUCACACUACAGUUUUCGCGCCGCCUGGCCGUGGUACGAACCGGAAGUGGAGUCAAUUCUUCCAACAGUCCAAGAUCACGUUUCAUCCGGUCAAGCGGAACUCAAACCAUGGGGGAGAAGCCAAUGACAAUGAAAUCGUCAAAGCCCUUCAGACUUGCACCAAGACCUGCAGCUUUGCACUUCUCACUUCCGAUUUCGAUUUUCUUGGUGUGGUUCAGCAGGCAGCAGCAAGCAACAAGAAGAUGUUUGUGUUUAUUCCAGCGCAAAAGCGUGUCGUUAUCGAUCGUUAUCGGAGCGCUGGAGUCCAAGUCUAUAAGCUGCAGCCGCGUAUCGAUCGGUUCCCAAGGGUCACGGCCAUGCUGCACCAGAAUGGAGAGGGCCAAGUGCAACUGGGCGAUCCAUGUCGACCCUACGAUAGCUCUGAGAAGGUCAAGGUGUGCACAGGCUUUCUGCAGGACUUGGGCUACGUGUCUGCAGCUUGCCGGGAAUAUCUGGUACAUGCCACGACCAAAUUCUGGCUUUCAAACAACUUGGGCUCCUUGACAGUCUUUCCCCAGCAGCUCGCCAUCGAAGAGGUUUGGCAGCUCCUGCGAGACCAGGGCGGGAAGAAGCCGUGGAAAAACUACAAACAUGAUAUGGCGUUUGUGCUUCCCAUGACGUCGGUUGGAAAACCAACGAAGAAGCAGUUGAACAAGUUUGGCAGCGCCCUGGCAAGGAGAGUGUUCAUGGGCGGAGGCCCAUGCAUGCUCCAGGACUCCACACUACUAGUGUCCCAAGCCUUGAGACAGCUAGGAUACCUGGAUGAGGACAUGAAUGCAGAUUUGUUCGAGGCCAUGCUGGUAUUCAUAAAUUGCACCGAUCACCGGUUUGCUCUGCGGAAGCAGCUUGACGCAGUGCCCACUCACACAGACACGGCUGCAGGGGUGGCGGAGAAGCUUCGACGGGCAUUUCUCUCGCAUCUCACAAGCGGACAGUGGAGAGUAGCACCUAAGGACACCAACGUACGCAGCCUUCUCCACCGGCAAGGUUUUCUGAGCACUGUAAAGGCCGCGCCCAGGGAUGUUUUCCAUGCAAUGGCGAGGUAUGCAAGAAGACACCGCCUCCCUGACAUGAAGACGUAUAAUGGACUGGUGUUUCGCAUACUGGAUUCUUUGGAGUCCAACCCGACCAAGACUGGAGUGAUUGAGAUCCGUCCCUAG